GUAACAUUCACGUAGAACCAAACACACCACACACUCACAAACAGGACUUUACAGGAUUUCACCAAACCCCCGUCAUGAUUUUACAGUGCUUAUUUUCCCUUGAUUUCAUGAGCUGUUUGAUAGGAAUUUUUCUUUUCCUGCUGCUGGUCGACAUCAUCAGGAAUAAAAAUCCAUCUAAUUUUCCACCAGGACCUCGUCCUCUGCCGUUUGUGGGAAAUAUCUUCACUGGGCUUGACUUCAGAACUAUAGACAAACUCGCUGAGGAGUAUGGGGAGAUUUUCAGCCUGAGGUGGGGCAGUGAGAAAAUGGUGUUUAUCUCUGGGUAUAAAAUGGUGAAGGAGGCCCUCGUCACUCAGCUGGACAGCUUUGCUGACCGUCCUAUCAUCCCUCUGUUUCAUCCAUUCUUCAAAGGACUUGGUGUUGUCCUCAGUAAUGGGUACCUGUGGAAGAUGCACAGAAAGUUUACCAAUAUAUAUUUACGUAACUUUGGUGAGGCUAAGAAGAAUUUUGAGCGGAGUAUCCAGCAGGAGAGCGUCUUUCUGUGUGAAGCUUUCAAAGAGGAAAAAGGUCCUUUUAACCCUCACUUCUACGUGAACAAUGCCAUCGCAAACAUCAUCUCUGCUGCAGUUUUUGGACAUCGCUUUGAAUAUCAUGAUGAGCGUUUCCUUGCUGUCUUGCGUUUGGACUCCGAAGCCCUCGUGUUGGCAGGUUCUUUUCGGGCUCAGCUGUACAACGCCUUUCCACGUCUCUUUGCCUAUGUUCCUGGCCCCCAUAAGAAGAUUUUUUCCAACUAUGGCAAAAUUACAGAUUUCUUAAGAGAUGAAAUCAAAAAGCACAAAGAGGACUUUGAUCCAUCGAAUCCACGGGACUUCAUAGACGCUUAUUUAAUAGAAAUGGAGAAGAAAAGCAGUGACCCUGAAGCUGGCUUUAACAUUGAGACAUUAGUAGUGGCUACACUGGAUAUGCUUGAGGCAGGGACAGAAACUGCAGCCGCAACAAUACGGUGGGGUCUUCUCUUCAUGAUGAAACACCCAGAGAUACAGAAAAAGGUACAAGAGGAGAUAGACAGAGUGAUCGGGCAGUCACGUCAACCCAGCAUGGCUGACAAACCCAACAUGCCCUACACUGAUGCGGUCAUCCAUGAGAUACAAAGAGCAGGCAACACUGUGCCUCUGGGUUUCCCUAAAAGAGCCUCUAGAGAUGCAAAACUGGGAGGAUACUUCAUACCAAAGGGCACUGCAGUGACUACAAACCUGUCAUCUGUGCUUAACGACAAGACUGAGUGGGAAACACCGAACACCUUUAACCCAGGACACUUUCUUGAUGAUCAAGGCCAAUUCCGAAAAAGAGAUGCCUUUCUGCCCUUUUCAGCAGGUAGGAGGGUGUGUAUAGGGGAACCGCUGGCACAUAUAGAGCUCUUCUUGCUCUUCACCUCACUGCUACAACGCUUUACGUUUGCCCCAGGCCCAGGAGAGAAGCUGAGCCUAGAGGGUCUGAUGGGUUUCAUGUACGUCCCCAGCCCUUACCGCAUGUGUGUGAUUCAACGUUGAACCUCCAUACACCAAGAUUGAGGGAUACACAAUAUGGACAAAAGCACUGGGACACCUACACAUUGUACCGACGGGAGCUUUUACAAUAUUCCUUUCUAAACCUAUAGGCAUUAUUAUGGAUUUGGUCCACCUUUGCAGCUAUAACAGCUUCCACAUUUCUGGGAAGGUUUCUAAAAGGUUUGAGUGUGUCUGUAGGAAAUUUUGCCCUUUCAUGCAGAAAAACAUUUGUGAGGUCAGACACAUGUUGGAUGAGACACAAUUUUCCAGUGCCUAUUGAGAUUGCAAGGCUAUGUGCUUAAUUUUAUACACCUGUUAUGGUUGUGGCUGAAACAACUUGAACUCAGUGACCAGGAGGGGUGUGCCAAUACUUUUGCCCAUAUAAUGUAUAAUGAAAGUGGAGGAUUUUUCAGGGAAUGCUGCAUAAAACAUACAAACUAGGCAGGUUUUCAGAGAGGGUAAACAUUAAGAUAUGCUGAUAAAAGGGAUAAAGUUAAAGAGUUGCAUAAAAGUUUAUUUCAGAAAUGUUUUUAAGCCUUUUCAAAUUUAAUUGUUCAUUUCAUUUAACCUUGCAAAAUUUAAAUGCUUGUGUUUGUAUAGUUGAUCUCAAUAGGUUUUAAAUUACAUAUUAGAAUGCCUGAACUGAGCUGAAAUUCUUAAUCUUUGUAAUAUAAUCUUGAGUCUUUUUUGAAUUAUUUUUCUAAUUUUAUGUUUUGAAAUGUAAAAAUGUUGGAUGCUGUAAAUAAUUCCCAAAUAAAAAUUUGGGAUGAAAUUGAAAAUGAAUUUGAAAAUUGAAAAUGAAAUUGAAGUUGUUAAAUUUGUUUAUUAUUCUACCAAAUAAUAUGAGGUUCAAGGAACUUGA